AUGGCGGACAUCAUUGUCGAUCAAGCACCUCCGGCCCUUUCCGUCCCUUCUGAAAAAGAGAAGAAGUACGAUCGUCAGCUUAGACUCUGGGCUGCGAGUGGUCAAGCUGCCCUAGAGUCUGCCAACAUCCUGCUCGUGAACUCAGGCUCGGGAACUGUCGGUGUUGAGACCCUGAAGAACCUUGUUCUCCCAGGUAUCGGCAAGUUUACUAUCGCCGACGAUGCCGUAGUAGAUGAAGCAGACCUUGGUGUCAACUUCUUCUUGGACGAGUCCCAUAUCGGCAAAUCCAGAGCCCAGAGCUGUACCGAAUUACUGCUGGAGCUCAACCCCGAGGUCCAGGGUGACUGGUAUCCCCAACAAUCGGAACCGUUGAACCUCCAACACGUCCUGAACAGCGCAACCCCCUUUACCAUGAUAUUGUACACGCUGCCCAUGAAGCCCGAGAAUCUUCAGGCCAUCGAGUCUUACAGCCUCGAACACAAGACUCCCUUGAUAUCCAUUCACUCAGCUGGCUUCUACUCGUACUUCCGUAUUCAUCUUCCUGGUGUUUACCCUAUUGUUGACACCCAUCCGGAUGCAACCUCGACCACAGAUUUACGGCUUUUGGCCCCAUGGGAAGAGUUGGAGGCAUUUUCCGAAGAAAUGACCAAGGAUAUCGACAAUCUCAACAGCCAUGACCAUGGACACUUGCCCUUCGUGACCAUUCUCUUACACUAUCUUAAGGUCUGGAAGACGUCCCAUAACGGCGCUGCGCCUAGCAACUACAAGGAAAAGGUUGAGUUUCGGAAAUUGGUAGCCAAUGCUACAAGGACGGAUAACGCAGAAGGUGGAGAGGAGAACUUCGAGGAGGCUAUUGCCGCGGUCUUGAAGACCAUUCUACCUCCCUCUCUCCCAUCUGCUGUCAAGCAGGUCUUUGAAUACAAACACACCGAUGAUGGAGGAGGAAAAUCGAGUUUUUGGACUAUUGCAGACGCAGUCCGAGAGUUCUAUGAAAAGCAUCAAUGCUUGCCUGUGCCGGGCGGCCUCCCGGAUAUGAAGGCGCAGUCUAGCGUGUACAUCCGACUCCAGAAUAUUUAUAAGGCCAAGGCUCGCAAGGAUGCAGCCGAGGUCCUAGAUUCGGUCCGCCAGAAACCUGGUGGCGAGGCCGUUGACCCAGCCGAAGUCGAACUGUUCUGCAAGAAUGCGGCCUUUGUCAAGUUGAUUGUCCCUUCAAAUGGCGGGAACGAACAGCUGCGCAUCGUGGCAGAACAAGAAUUUGCCAACGACAAAAUGGCUCAAGAGGGUGUGAUGCCAUUGUCACUACUUCCUAUCUACCUCGCCCUCCGUUCCACGUCCCACACAGUCACAGCAUCUCCGGAUGAAAUUUUGGCAAACAUUCGAGUGCUUCUCCCAGACUUCAGCGAUAACGAGCGGCUCGUACAAGCUGCACAAGAGGUAUCCCGGGCUGGUGGCGGAGAGCUACACAACAUUUCCGCCGUAACAGGUGGCAUGGUGGCUCAGGAGACGAUCAAAAUCAUCACAAACCAGUAUGUGCCUAUUGAGAACACGUGCAUAUUCGACGGGAUUGCAAGCCGGUGCCAGGUUCUUCGCUUGUAG